ACUGAACGUGUCAUGGACAAACCGGAGACACAGCAUCUGCCAUUCGCCUGCAAAUAUGCAACGGGAAGGCAGAUUAAUUAAAACGGCAAACCAUCUAUCUUCCCGGCAAAAGAGAAUUCAUUUAGGUACCUAGGAAAAGUAACGUUUAUCUAGGUAGACCUUGUCCUGCUUGUACAUAUGAACAACAACAAUAUUGUCGAUUGUGGCAUUUGCUCCACCACAAACAAGGGACUCAGGUACACCUGAAUCUUUGAAUCGGGCGUACCCAGUGAGUAAGGUCCCGUCGUUACCUUAGGUAGCUUAGGUGCCUUCCACAGGACAGGGACAGUGACUACCUGAGUAGUUUAGUGGACACUGCCCCUGGAACCCAAGACACCUCAGAGACAGACGGCGUUGCUCUGCUCAAACUACCUAUCCAUGGGUAACGCGCUAAGAACCAGCCUCUCUUCCAUCGUCUUUCAUCCCGCCCAGACACAGAGGGCAGACCCCGGUCGAUCUCACCCGACUCUGCCCCGGGCGGACGAAGCUGGAGCGCCAACGACCAAAGCAGCCAGCAUUGCGGAAAGUUAGAAGGCUCCCAUGGAUAUGGAUGGAUCUUUGGCGACAACGGGCUGGCUGAAUGUCCUUGAACCACACCUACAGACACACACCAGCAACAGCAACAUGGAGGUUAUACUACGGUAGACAGACCCAUUCAUGCAUCUCUCCAUGACAAGGUAGUUACUUACACUGUAUUGCACUUUGGCCUUACCUACAUCCCACUCACUCACUCAUUCAUUCACCGGGCACGCUGUCUGUGACCUUGCCUGGACCUGAUUGCCCUCACCCUUCAGCGUCUCUCUUGUCUUCUCAUCCUUCUGACCCGGGCAUCGCCAGGAACAGGGAGCUCCAACUCAGCCUCAUACGCCUACCUCUUGUUUCCAGACAUGACGUGAACUCACCUACCACAUAUUCGGUCUACUCCGUACCUUUACCUUCCUUUCCCUUAACCUUACAUUGCAUUGCCUUGCCUUGCCUAUUACCUUCCUAGGAUAUCUCAUCUCAUCUCGAUCUCUAAAAUAAAACGACAUACCUCACCUUUCCGCGUAUGUCUCUAGCUACGUAUUGAGGAUCUACCAAUCUCACCCACCUUAGUAGCUUUGGAAGUCCGUUCAUCCCCCGCCGCUCACAGUCACGAUUUGCAACCCCGAACCCGAACUCGUCUCUUGAGUCUUACCCAUUCUACAUACUGACUGGGCCCCUACCUGUGAACAAAUCUGAACCAAAUUGACGGGGUCUCAAGAGUCUGUUCUCUCGCUAACAAAGUUAUCCACCGUGCCUGCUUAUGCUUAGCUGCUCCGUGCCUGUCUGUCCUGUCCUCAUCCGGACCCUGCCCUACCCAUAUUAUUCCCUAUGGCCUAGGGUCCUACCAUCAACGCCAUCCACGCCCCGGCGACAAUGACCAGGAAUGAGCCCUUCAAUCGCAUCGGCUCGAUCACGAGCUCUAGCAGAAGCAAAAUCAGAGGUAGCAGCAACAGCAGAAGCAGAAGCGGAAGCAGAAGAAACAAAAGCAACAAUGAUGACAGUCCGAGCACCGCAAGCGCCGAAAGUAGUACAUACUCUGCGGUCACCGUGAGGUCCUCGUCACCAUCUCAAUCGCAAUCGCAAUCGCCCUCACCCUCGACUGCCUCCACUACUCCCGCUCCCGCUUCCGCUUCUACUAUCUCCACUCCCAUUCCCACUCACUCGCCUACUCCCAAUCCGGCACCUAUCGUUGAUGCUCUAACACCAACUCCAUCAUCCUCCGCCGCUGCUCCCGUUGUGACAGCUUCCCCUGCUGUUGCUGCUGCUACCACCUCUAAUACCUCGACAUUCUCCUCGACGCCUCGCCAGCUACCAACCCCUACUCUUUCUGCUCGCCCAAGCGCUGAUGGCAAUGCUUCAUUGAGCAACCCGUGGUGAGUUUAUAGUUGUGAUUAUGGUUCCGAUAAUAUGCCGUCUCCCGUCUCCCGAUCCCCUGCUGCCAUCUCCCGCCCUGUCGCCGUUCAUCUCGCCUCCCGCCAUCCAGCUAAACGCUUUCCCGCAUCUCACAGGUCCUCUUCCAAGGAUGAGCCUCAACUCUCACCUACUGCUACAAACUUCGCCCCUCGCGCCGGCGCCAAUGCUCAUCCCAAAGACCGUCGCAUGAGCGACCUCACCAACUAUCGACGUGAGCUCGCCGUUCUCGAAACCUCCCGAGUCCCUCAGAUCCACCAGAUUCCGCCCACCGGCGGCGCGAGCCCUCAAAUAGCACCGUGGAUGAACCAGCCCGGUUCCCUUUCAACCUCUUCCAACAUGCCGACCACUUUCUUCAACGAUUCGAGCGACAACCUCUCCCUCGCCUCCCAGCUUUCUCCGGGUCAUCAGAUCAGUAACCGCCAACCACAUCAGCACCAGUAUGCUUCCCAUCCCUCGCAACACGAUGCCCCCGAGGCUUCAUAUUUUGAUGGCAGGCGCCCAUCCGCUGCCAGUAUCCUCACGGCGAGCAGUCAGGGCAGCAAAACCAGUAUAACCAGAGGUGGUUUUCGCAAACUUCAGGGCUUCUUUGGCGAGGAAUUCCCUGGGCGCGAUAGCUCAGAUGGCAGCCUACCCACUUCGCUCGCGGGCAAGGACCAGCGUGGACGCUCUUAUAGCCACAGCCGCCCCACACAUAGAGAUCGCAACUAUUCCAAUGCCACGGAUCACACUCGCGAUGCAUCACCAUCAUCUUCCAGACCGAGAACUCCAGUUCCUGCACCAGAGGUGGUGCCUUUUCUAUACCAGGACAACAGUGACAUCGCUCGAUAUGGCGAAGCUCCCGUCCGAGACAUCAUGACCGGACCCGAUCGAGAGCGAUAUGUGGGUGACGGUUCCUCGCAAAUUCCCCCAAAGACAUCGUCAUCCUCGAGGUCGGGUCAUUCUAUAGUUCAUUUACCCGGGCAUCACCGACACCAUAAGAGUAAUGAUGAUCCUCGGACACUGCGGCCGACAAUGAGUAGGGACGAUACAGCGAUUGGCACGCAGAUGUCGCGCGAUCGUGGGGGUAGUAGCGCCAUGUACUCAACCAAAUCUAGAGGCCAAAGCCCGACACCAAGUACUAGAAGUGCAGGAAUGACUUGGAGCACGAAAUCCUCCCAAGUUGAUGGUCAGACCUCACCCGGUCAUCAUCACGGCAAACGCGGAAUCUUUGGACGGCUUAGAAGGCAUCACAAAGACAAAGACGACAUGGCUAAACUUCGCGACUUACCUCAAUCAACAAGAUCUCUCCAGCCGAAGACCUCGAAGCCUGACUUGCACCGCCCAAGCGAUGUAUCGACGACUGCAUUACCGUUUUCCGGGACCUUUGGCCCUGGGGAGACGAGCGAUGUCCCUGAUAUGCGACCAAUUCCAGGUCAACGUGGUGCAACUUUCAACAAUAAGUUCCCUUUCGCCAAGAAGCAACGAACCCAUCGGCCUCAAGACUAUGUUGAUGAUGCAAUUGGCCCGACAGAUCGUAACGAUCCUAACAAAAUAUAUCAUCUCGAUACCAACCUGAACGAUAUGGAGGGUAUCCUAACGAAACCUCCUCCACUUACACCUAUGGAUACUAGCUUCGUUAACAAUGUCGAACCUGAGCGCCACGAUUCCAUUAUCUCCACAGCACCUAAAGGCCGUUGGGAUGCUCCUGACAGUUGGGCAGUCCGACGCAAUACUGAGGAUAACUCAUAUCAUGGCCCUGAACCAGAUGAGAUUGGUAGCCCCCCUCGCCCAGAAGAGAAGGCAUCCCCAUACUGCAUUCGAAUCUUUCGCUCAGAUGGUACAUUCUCCACACAUUCCAUGCCUCUGGACUCGAAUGUCACGGAUGUCAUCUCCCAAGUCAUUAAGAAGACUUAUGUGGUUGACGGUUUGGAGAACUAUCAUAUUAUCAUGAAGAAGCAUGAUCUUAUCAGGGUUUUGACACCCCCUGAGAGACCCUUACUCAUGCAGAAGCGGCUCCUGCAGCAAGUCGGUUAUGAGGAAAAAGAUAGAAUCGAAGACCUCGGCCGCGAAGACAACAGUUACCUCUGCAGGUUCAUGUUCUUGUCUGCCAGGGAGAGUGACUUCCAUGCCAAAACAACCGACAUGGGCCUGGCUCGGGCUCAGAAGCUCAAUUACGUGGACCUCUCUGGUCGCAACCUCGUUACAAUACCUAUAUCCCUAUACUCAAAGGCCAUGGAGAUUAUCUCUCUUAACCUCUCGCGCAACCUCUCGCUCGACGUCCCGCGAGACUUUAUACAGUCUUGUAAACAUCUUCGAGACAUCAAGUUUAACAACAACGAAGCUAGGAAACUACCGCCCAGUCUGAGUCGAGCAAACAGAUUGACCUUUCUGGAUGUUGCAAACAACCGGCUGGAGCAGUUGGAGCACGCUGAGCUCAACUCUCUUACAGGGAUGCUGAAGAUGAACUUGGCCAACAACCGGCUUAAACACUUGCCCUCUUACUUUGGAGCAUACCAGUCACUUCGCUCUCUUAAUAUUUCUUCUAACUUCCUCGACAAGUUCCCGACUUUCUUGUGCAAUCUACCAAGUUUGGUCGACCUGGAUCUGAGUUUCAAUGCCAUUGCAACGAUUCCUCACGAGAUUGGCGGCCUGAAGAACUUGGAGAAAUUGUUGAUAACUAACAAUAGGCUGACGCACGCUGUACCAGCGUCAUUUGGACAACUUGUCAGCCUACGCGAACUCGACAUUAAGUACAAUGGUAUCUCGAGCAUCGACAUUAUUUCGGAGCUCCCGAAGCUUGAGAUUCUUUCUGCUGAUCACAACUGCGUCUCUGCCUUUGUUGGACAGUUUGAGUCCCUUCGCCAACUCAAACUGAACUCGAACCCCCUCAACAAAUUCGAGAUUGUUGCCCCAGUUCCCACACUCAAGAUAUUGAACCUAUCGAACGCUCAGCUUGCCAGUAUUGACUCGUCGUUCGUCAACAUGGUCAACCUGGAGCACCUGAUCCUGGAUAAAAAUUACUUUGUUUCGUUGCCCCAAGAAAUCGGUACCUUGAGCAGACUCGAGCAUUUUAGUAUCGCGAACAAUUCCGUUGGAGAGCUACCAGCCCAGAUUGGUUGCUUGACUGAACUGAGAGUGCUCAAUGUCCGAGGAAACAAUAUCUCCAAGCUGCCCAUGGAGUUAUGGUGGGCAAACCGACUGGAGACCUUUAACGCCUCUUCAAAUGUUCUGGAGCACUUCCCCAAACCUGCUUCCAGGGCACCACGGAUACCGGGAGAGGAAUCGCAGCCUGCGCCCCCUCCUGUCAAUGGAAGAGCUGCACCACUCGGAACCCUGUCGGCCACAGCAAGCUCUGAAGAGCUGUCAGACGAUCGAAGACCCAGUCAAAAUUCGAGCACACUCCUCAGUGUCGGACCAUCUCCCCUUAACGCUGGUGACCGCAAGAGCUCUGUCGUGUCUGUCUAUGGGAAGGGUGGCCGUAAGACCUCAGUUGUGUCUAGAUCAGCAACUCCGUCGGCCCCUACACAAACAGUCAACACCAGAAAGGAUUCUGGGAUGUCAUCAAGGCUUAACAACACAUUUGCUGGAUCCCUUCGUAACCUUCACUUGGCCGACAACCGUCUGGAUGACGAUGUUUUUGAUCAGAUCACACUCCUUGGGGAGCUCCGAGUGCUCAACUUAUCAUACAACGACGAAAUCAGUGACAUGCCACAGAGAUCGAUCAAGAACUGGCCUCAACUAGUUGAGCUUUAUUUAUCCGGAAACGCUCUCACGACAUUGCCUGCCGAUGAUCUAGAAGAGUCCAGUUUACUACAGGCACUUUAUAUCAACGGCAACAGGUUCACCAACUUGCCAGCCGACAUCUCACGGGCCAAGAACCUUGCUGUUCUCGACUGUGGCAGUAACUACCUAAAAUACAACAUCUCCAACGUGCCCUAUGAUUGGAACUGGAACCUCAAUCCGAACCUCAGAUAUCUGAAUUUGUCUGGCAACAAGCGAUUGGAGAUUAAGCAGACGAACACAGGUCCUCUGGGGCCUGGCGCCGUAAAUCGUGAGGAGUACACGGACUUCAGCCGUCUGCUUAACUUGCGUAUCCUGGGCCUGAUGGAUGUCACUCUCACUCAGCCCAGUAUUCCUGAUCAGAGUGAAGACAGACGUGUCCGUACAUCUGGAUCACUCGCUGGCCACCUGCCUUAUGGUAUGGCCGAUACUCUUGGCAAGCACGAGCACUUGUCAACGGUCGAUCUCGUGGUACCAAGAUUCAACUCGUCAGAAACAGAGAUGCUCUUGGGCUUGUUUGAUGGACAAGCUUUGUCCAGCGGUGGAUCUAAGAUCGCUAAAUACUUGCAUGAAAACUUUGGUCACAUUUUCGCUGGUGAACUGAAGCAGUUGAAGACACGAUCGAACGAAACACCGGUUGAUGCACUACGACGCUCGUUCCUCCAGCUCAACAAGGAUUUGGUCACUAUUGCUAUCCAGCAGUCCGAGGAGAGGCCAUUGAAAACGCAUAGGGGCUCUGGCCAGCCUGUAAUACUUACCAAGGAAGACCUGAACUCAGGGGGUGUGGCAACUGUGGUUUAUCUUCAAAGUACGGAACUAUAUGUUGCAAAUGUCGGUGAUGCACAGGCAAUGGUAAUCCAGACAGAUGGUACUCAUAAGAUGCUGACCCGCAAGCAUGAUCCUGCCGAGCCCAAUGAGAGAUCGCGCAUUCGCGAAGCUGGUGGAUGGGUUUCUCGCAACGGCAGACUGAACGAUCUACUCCAAGUUUCACGCGCCUUCGGAUACGUUGACUUGAUGCCGGCCGUACAAGCAGCACCCUAUGUCAGCAACAUGACUAUCCGAGAGCAGGAUGAUAUUAUCCUGAUUGCGACUGGCGAGCUCUGGGAGUACUUGUCACCUGGUCUAGUGACGGAUAUUGCGAGAGCUGAGAGACAAGAUCUCAUGCGAGCGGCCCAGAAGCUUCGUGACCUGGCUAUCGCAUACGGCGCCUCGGGCAAAAUUAUGGUCAUGAUGAUUAGUGUGGCUGACCUAAAGCGACGCGUCGAGAGAUCCAGACUCCAUCGCGGUGCUAGUAUGUCGCUUUAUCCAUCUGGUAUUCCCGAUGACGCCCAGGUUCUCAAUACCAGGAGGGGCCGAAGGACCAAGGGCGAUGUUCUCGAUUCAUCCCUAAACCGACUUGAGGCAGAGAUCCCAGCGCCUACAGGUAACGUGUCGAUUGUCUUCACCGAUAUCAAGAACUCGACAACACUCUGGGAGAUGUACCCCAGCGCCAUGCGAUCAGCUAUCAAACUACACAACGAGGUUAUGCGUCGACAGCUGAGACGAAUUGGUGGCUACGAAGUCAAGACCGAAGGUGACGCUUUUAUGGUCUCCUUCCCAACAGCCACGUCCGCAUUGUUGUGGACGUUUGCUGUUCAGAUGCAGCUUCUCGAUGUGAACUGGCCAUCAGAAGUCCUGAACUCAGUGUCUUGCCAGCCUGUCUAUGACAAGGACAACAGUCUCAUCUUCAAAGGACUGUCGGUGCGGAUGGGUAUCCACUUUGGAGACUGCGUGAGUGAGACGGAUCCAGUUACACGACGUAUGGAUUAUUUCGGACCCAUGGUGAACAAGGCGGCUCGAAUCUCUGCGGUUGCAGACGGUGGGCAGAUCACGGUCUCGACCGACUUCAUCUCGGAGAUACAGCGGUGCCUAGAGAAUUAUCAAGAUACAGAUCGCGGGAACGCUUCUGGCUCCGAGGAUACCUUUGACGACGAGACAUAUGCUAGUGCCAUUCGAAAGGAUUUGAGAUCCCUGACCUCUCAAGGCUUUGAGGUUAAGGAGAUGGGCGAGAAGAAGUUGAAGGGUCUUGAAAACCCCGAGGUUGUGUACUCGCUAUACCCUCAUGCUUUGGCUGGACGUAUCGAAUUCCACCUGCAGCAUGAGAGGAAGGAAGAAGGAGGAGGCGGCGGCGAUAAGCCAGCCGUCCUUGCACCCGGGGCAGAGCUCAGUAUCGAUCCUGAUGCAAUUUGGACUCUCUGGAGAAUCAGUUUGCGACUUGAGAUGCUUUGCAGCUCUCUGGAAGGAAACGAGGCCCCAGGGCUACAACCACCAGAAACAGAACUGCUCGAGCGGAUUAAGCAGCGUGGAGGAGAGGUCACAGAUCGCUUCUUGUUGAACUUCUUGGAGCACCAAGUGAGCAGGAUAGAGACCUGUAUAUCGACAUUGGCGAUGCGCCACCUUGCUACUGGUGGUGGCCCUAUUAAGGAACUAGAAGAUCUCCAGGGUCCAAUGACUGCAAUCUUGGAUAUGUUCAUGGCACAGAGGCAGGAACUUGAACGAUACAGGAGGAAAUAUGGUGCGCUGCCAAGCCCCUCUAGUAGCGAGGACGAAGACGAAGACGACGAGGACGACGGCGACGACGAUCCCGACACAGAGGAAGGGAGCGACACAGAGCAAGAGUUGUGAUUGGGCUCAGACGAUUGGCUUAUUUGAACGUUACCCGAGCACUUAUAUAUGCUAUAAUUACCCACGCGACACGAAGUACACGACAAGGGGAGGGUAAACAGAACGCUUUUUGCUUGCACGAUUCAGGGAUAGCAGGAUGCGAUGGGACUUUUGGAUGGAAAACUUUGUCUUUUUGAGUAGGUGCUGGGGUUUGCUCUCUAUAUUCCAGACGCUUCGGUGCGAGGUGCUCAAGAUGUGUUUGCGAUUGGGUUGGGUUGGGUGUUGUCGGGCUGGGGUUGGAAAAGACACUGGGCUCGAAGAUGGCAGGGCACGGCAAGGCAAGGCAGUACAUGGCGUUGGGCUGUGGAGAAAGCAAGGAAAUAUUGAUACCUGGCUGCUUUGUCUACCAGGAGGCUCACAUACUACACCUUGUUGCACUCAGUGUAAAUUGGGAUGAUGGGUUUUUGUCUUUUCAGGGGUUAUGGGUGGCAUCGAGGAGUCCACGCAGGCACGUAUGCAUUGUUUAUACGAUAUGAUAGGGCAUUACGAAAAUCAGACGAUGUAGUAUCAAAUGGCGCAGUCUCACACUCGCACUGACUGUUGUUGAAUUGUGAUGGAAGCAGACAUUCACUAUAUUGUGUCGUCUUGACGAUCUGACUAACUGACACGCCUUAAGAUUCGGAUU